UAUUCGCCUUGCCUGGCGUUUUACCUGCAUACUAAAUUCGCUUCGUCUACAAAGGUGUUUUUACUAUUCUCGUGAAAAAAUUAUCUUAUCAAGUGGUCGGCAUUAAAAUAACCAGCGACUUUAUACCAAAAGCGUUGUUAAAUUAUUAAGAUACAUUUCGAUGCGUUCUCUAUCUAGAACGCGGUCACACAGCCGCCACCGUUCACCUGACAGAAAUAGAUAUAAGUCGCCGGAUCGAGAUCGGGGUGCAAUGCGUCAAAGGGAGCGAGACCAACGCAAACGGAGGUCAACCCGUUCAAGAACCCAAUCGUCGGCUAGUUCAAGGUCUCGUUCAAGAUCAACAUCACGUAGACGCCAUGUAGAAAAGAGUCGGAAUAGAAAUGAGCGUCGAGAAACUCGUCGUUCGAAAAAUAGAAGCGUUUCUCGUUCUCCGUCUAAUCAAAACAAGAAUGGCGUAGAACGCUGGCCGAACGAUAAAUAUCAUGAGAACAACUAUGGUGGCCGGCAAAAUAAUCCCUUUCGGGGAGGUGCAAAUGGAAGUAACUAUCAGCAAAAAAAAUCGUCCAACUAUUUGGACGCGCGAAGGGCACAACGUGAGUUAAUUGGCAUAGAAGGUGCUGAAGAAGUAUGGGGCAAAAGUCCGGCACAUCCGGAAACUUUUUCAGAUGUUGAGCAGGAUGAUCCAGAUGUGAAAAUUUUGGAUGGCACUUAUAGAAAGCCAAAAAAGAAGAAAAGUAAAGGGAAGAAGAAAAAAUCCAAAAAAACAAAGAAGCGUAAAAGUAGUAGUAAGAAAAAGUCAAAAAGUAAACAUAGGAAAAAGAAAAAAGUGGCUAGUUCUAGUGAUACUUCAGACUCAAGUUCUUCCUCAAGCGAUGAUAGUUCAGAUAGCGCCACCUCCGAUAGUGAUAGCUCUACGGCGUCCGAUAGUAAGGAUGUUGAAGAAACUUGGUUCGAAAAGACUGCUGAAGGAGUUAAGUCAAUAAAAAAGAAAACAAAAACAAAGAAAACCAAAAAACAAAAGAAAAAUAAAAAAUAUUCCCGUGCCGAAGCUAAAAGGAGUAGUGCAGACAAGCCUGGAACUUCACAAGGAGUUGGCGUAGAUGGUGAAGAGUUUGGACCAACACUAAGGCAAACCAGCGGGUUAAGUCAGAAAGAUUUUGGACGUGCUCUAUUACCUGGUGAAGGCGCAGCCAUGGCAGCAUAUAUAGCCGAAGGGAAAAGAAUUCCACGUAGAGGUGAAAUUGGUUUGACUUCAGAGGAGAUAGCAAACUUUGAGUCCGUUGGCUAUGUGAUGAGCGGUAGUAGACAUCGUCGCAUGGAGGCAGUACGUAUUCGUAAGGAAAAUCAAAUAUAUUCGGCGGACGAAAAGCGUGCUUUGGCUAUGUUUAGCAAAGAAGAGCGACAGAAACGUGAAAACAAAAUUUUGUCACAAUUCAAAGAUAUGAUCAAUUCUAAGCUACAUGCGAAAGAAAAAAAAUAAGAGAAUAUCAGUGUUUUA